GAGCCUCUAGCUGCAAAUUUGUUUACAAGCACGGUUUACAAGAUAUAUUCAGAAAAUAAUUCGAGAAAAAAUAAGUAAGUUAUGUCACUAUAUGAUGGGCUGGGCUUAGAUUCCAAAGAAAAAGUACAAAGAGAUUCGAAAUCUGACCUGGUUGGAUGGUCAUCUGGGAUAAAAUUGUUGCAGUCACAGUUGCAGUUAAAAAAAGCUGCUUUAACACAAGCUAAGAGAGAACAGUCAAAAAAGGGUGGUGCUAUAUUGCCUCCAGUUGUUGAUUUAAAGUCUCGAAAGGAUGAAGUAGAUGAUCUCCAACCUCCCAUUUUAGGACUUGGACCAAAGGAAAAUAAAAAUAAUACAACACUACUUGGUGGUGACUGGGAUAUCAGACAAGAGUAUGAUCCCGUUUGGCCAAAUGAUUAUGAAAAGAUCAUGCGAGAUAGAGCUGACAGGGAGAAGAGAAUAAGAGACCGAGAGAGGGGAGAAAGGGAUAGAGAGCGGGAUCGGGAUAGGGACAGAGAGAGAGAUAGAGAUAGAGACAGAGAUAGAGAUUAUGACAGAGACUACAAUGAGGAAAAACCAAUGCGAAGAAAUGACAGGUAUAACAGAAGGGACAGGUAUGAUAGAGGUAAUCGAGAUUUUGAGAGAGGAGGUAGAGAGCUAGAUAGGCCAAGAGCAGUAGAAGAUGAUUAUGAAGAAGAUAGACCUCGAAGAGUUCAAAAUGCUGGUGCAGCUAUAGCUCCUCCUCCUUCUCUCUUGGAGUCAACAGACAGAAGGGAAUCCAUGCAGAUUCCACCAACACCAUUUGCUACUGGGAGCUCAGUGGCUGCACGAAUCAUGGCAAAGUAUGGUUUUAAAGAGGGUCAAGGUCUGGGUAAAAAAGAGCAAGGCAUGAGUCAAGCUCUGCAAGUUGAAAAAACUAGUAAAAGAGGAGGGAAGAUCAUUCAUGAGAAGGAUCUUGCUAAAGAAUUUGAACCUGAUUCUCCACCAGAGUUCCAACUUCCACCACCUCCUCCUCAACCAGGCUCUGCAAAUUCCCCUGUAUCGAAUUCACAAGUUGACUCCAUCACAGAAAUUAUGAAAUGUCCUUCCAAAGUUGUUUUAUUACGAAACAUGGUUGGUCCUGGUGAAGUAGAUGAAGAGUUAGAACCAGAAACUAAAGAAGAAUGUGGAAAGUAUGGAGAGGUUGUGAAAUGCAUGAUCUUUGAAAUACCAGGCGGAAAUGUUCCAGAAGAAGAAUCAGUUAGGAUUUUUAUUGAGUUUAAGAGAUUGGAAUCAGCUAUUAAAGCUGUUGUUGACUUAAAUGGUAGGUACUUUGGAGGGAGAGUCGUCAAAGCUGGCUUUUACGAUGUUGAUAAAUUUCAGAGACUGGAACUUGCUGAGUGAAAUUGAACUGAUAGUUUAAUCACAUUUGUAAUAUUUUCAGACUUUCAUAUUUUACAAUCAUGCUAUUAAAAAUAAAUGUAGAAUAUAAUAUUACUUCAUGUAUUUAUCCAAAUAAAUGUAUG